AUGAAAUAUAAUCAUCGGAUCUUUUUUUCUUUACAUUCUCGAAAUGCCAACAAUUAUCGUAAGGGUCAAUUUGUUAGAAAUAUUGGAGUAGUAAUUGAAUGUAAUGAAUGCAACAAAUGGCGAGUAUUAUAUAGCAAAAGCAAAUUAUCUCCUCUUGAAAUAUCCACUUUGGAAAGGUAUUUGGAUACUAUCCAAUAUAUUUGUGGUGAUUCUUUUGAAAAUUUAGGUGAAAGUGAUGAUGUGGGAGAAAUUUUUAAAAAAGUUAAAAUUGAUAACGGCUUGUUAUGUGAUCACCUUAUGGAUUAUUUGAGGACAUUUGUUCUCAGUGUGGAAAAGUGCCAGAAAACGAAUGUGAUGAAUCCAAUAAA